AUGAUAGUAAUAAUAUUUUUGUUUUCAGUUGUGUAUGAACAUCGUGCCCGGCUGGAGAGAUCUCUUCAAAAGGAGAAAACAGACCACAAGAAUACAAAGCUUGGUGCGUACUUUGUACUCAAUCAUAAGUCAAGUAGUGUUUAACUAUUGUCAGUAAAUAGGUGUUGUCGCUGUAUACGGCCACUUACAAGGAAAAAAAACAAAAGAAUAAACUUGAACUAAUUUCUUGCCUUGUAAGUUCUUGUGAUUGCUUAAGAAAUUUCAGCAUUGGUAACUUCUGUGAUAGUAUUUUAUAACAGCAUUUGAAUGAAAAACAAAAUGAGUGUUGACAUAGUGGUUGCUAACUGGGAGUGGUCGUUUCUGAAAGUGGUCACUAAGAAAGGGUUGACUGAUUGACAAUAAAGUUGUUAUUAUCAUGCACUAUAGCUAACAUGCAGCCAGUUAACCUUCAUCAAGUGUCCCACUAUUGUUCCUUACAUUAAUACCUUAUGCUUAUUGAGGUACUUAUUGUGUGUAAUGCUUUAUGUUUUACAGAAUUUUCCAAAAAGCAGAAUGAUUUUCUUUUGAAUAUUACCAGAUCAAAGGUGAUUGUUUACGUCAAACCAUGAUAGAAAUUUUGACCUAUUUUUUUUUCCGUCCUUACCUGUCAUAUAAAUUAGUAAUUCUUCUUAACAAAAGAAUUAAUGUUGCUUAAUUUCAGCAUGAAGCAAUGAACAGAUUUAAUUCAUUAGAAACACAGUAUAAUAUGCUUAAGGUAUGUACUUGGACAUUUUUUGGCAAAAUAUAGUUUUCAUAGUGGUAGGCAAAAAGCUAUUCUUCUUACUUGGGGAGCAAGGGUGGCGUAGUGGUGAAAGCACUUGCCUCCAACUAAUGUGGCCCGAGUUCGAAUCCUGGCAUCAAUGCCAUAUGUGGGUUGAGUUUGUUGUUGGUUCUCUCCCUUGCUUCAAGAGGUUUUUCUCUGGGUACUCCGGUUUUCCCCUCUGCUUAAAAACCCAUACUUUCAAAUUCCAAUUCGAUCUGGAACGCAGGGACACUUUUCAAUGAGUUGUUAUGAACUCCUUAGGGCUCGGUGGGUAGACAAAUUUACAAUUUACAAAUUUACUUCUUUUCUUCUUGUAAUAUUUUUUUGAUUGAUUUCUUUAAAACAAUAAAAGGCAUUAAUUGCAAGAGAUAAAUGAAAUCUUGAAUCUCCUUUUAAUAAUAUAAAGAAUCUUGUUUAAGAUAAAAUCAUAAGAUCCUAUAGGUGGGUAGGAUCCUGUGUUUAGAUCCUAUUUAGUGGAGAGGAUCCUGUGUAAGAUCCUAUGAGGUGGGCAGGAACCUGUAUAAGAUCCUAUGAAGUGGGCAGGAUCCUGUCUAAGAUCCUAUGAGAUUGGCAGGAUCCUGUAUAAGAUUCUAUGAAGUGGACAGGAUCCUGUAUAAGACCCUAAAAAAUGAAUUCACAGAGCCUUCUGUUUCUUCAGCAAGAGUUGUUUCAAAUAAAUGGGUAACUGAUAUGACAAAAAAAUCCCCCUUGCCUCCUAAAGAAAAAGGGAAGAACAACCAUCUGAUUUGCUGCUUAAGUAGCAUCCAAACUGCAACUGUCAUUUGAAUGUACCCAAAUUAUGCAGUUGCAUAACAUCACAGGCCUUGUUUAGGGAUAUAAAGUCAUACAUCUGCUUAACUGUGAGUAGGAGAUUGUUACUCUGUAUCCAUUUCAUUUUAUUUGCCUCAGGCACAAUCCAAAGAGCUUGAUACAGAUUAUGGUCGCCUUCAACAAACCUACAGUCGCCUUAGUGCAGAGCACGCUUCAGUGACUAAUCAGCAAAACAGGAAUUUUCAGUUAUUUAAAGAACAGAAAGCUAAUGAAAUAUCAUCCCUUGAAGGUAGGAAUGUCAGAAUUUUGACUCCUGUGUUGAGUUUAAUAACAAAGAAGACAUCAGCUUUUGGAAUUACAAUAAUAAAUUAAUUAUGACUAUAUCAGUAAAUUUUGUGGGGCAUGUAAGAUAAAAAUACAAUAAACCAUAUCAGUACAAUUUGACAUAGCUUAACAAAGUGUGUUUAUUUUGUUCUAUGUGUACUUUAAAGAGGAAAUCAGGACAUUGAAACAACAAGUUGUAUCACUCAGGACAAAUCUCAGGUCCAAGUCGGAUGAAGUUGAGCAAUAUAAGGUGUGUUCCUUGAGAUCUGUUACUUAUUCAAUUACUGAAUUUGGUAAAAACGAAAGCAAACGAAAGAAACAUGUUUUUAGAAGUAUGGAUACACAAGGGUGUUGAAUCAGCAUAAUUUAUUAUGUUAGUACAAUUUCUAUUGUCUGCUUGGAAGAUAUGAAACUUGGUCGAGGCUUUAUGGGCAGUUUCUUACAAGUCAUGAUUGUGUUUUGUCACCCAAGACUUUUGAGUUGAUGUCUUUAUUCACUGGAAUGGAGGAAUGGCUUGUAGUUAAAUGGGGUGAAAUGCAACUCAAUGAUGGGAAAGCACUGGAUCAGAGAAACAUAAUGUGUUUACAUUUUACAUUCUUUUUUGUUAGCAUUCCAGUUCUAGAGCAGUAGCUGCAAGUCAGCAAUACCAGGAGAAACUCAAGGAUCUUCAGGGUCAGCUUUCAAGAUAUCAAGUAUGUGCAGUGUACCUUCAUUAAAAAUUUGCUGCAGUAAUACUCAGCCCUGGUAUACAGUGUAUAUACCUGAUUGAAAAAACUUUGUUGCUUCAAAAGUAUAUUGUCACAAGCUGCUCAUGUGGAUGCAAAUCCCUAGAGUACUUUGUUUAAGGCUACAUGGUGGUGUCUUUUUAUUGUCUUCCAAGUAAGCUUCUAGGUCCUAUCGUAUAAUUUUCAAUUUUAUUGUGCCUCAGCAGUAUGGCUACACUCUGUAGAGAUUUCUGAUGUGCCCAGCGCAGGUGAAGUUGUGACCUUAUCGGCAAGAAAACUGGAAACCAUGACCUUUUCUGAAAUACACCGUUGCAAAAAGCUUCGAUGACCUAAACUUUUCUGGAAAGAAACUUAAAUUUGCAAUGCUAAUUAAGUUCUACCUAUAAUCCACUAUGUCCCAUUGUUCAUAUACAUUAUACUUUUCAAGCAAUAACAUUUUUUCAGUCAGGUAUACUGGUAUCCUAUGUGAAUUCAUGAGAAUACUUUGUCCGUACCAUAAUAAUACUGUAUUGUUUCUGUUUUAUUGCCCAGGAGAAGCUUAACAGCUAUAUUAGCAAGUCUAAAACAUCUCACAGAGACAUGAAACUUGACAAAAAGAGGGAACAAGGAGAAAGCAAGCUUCAAGGUAAGGUGGAUAGAUUCUGUCACUUUAUAGUGCCUUUCUAGAAUUGUAAAGAAUCAACCAUAAGAGGACACAGAAAAAAUCUGAGCCCCAGAUUUUUUCUGUGUCCUCUUAUGGUUGAUUCUUUACAUCUCUCUUUAUUUCCUUUCUAGAAUUACUUAACAAAAUGACAAUGGCUGUCUUUACACUUAAGGCCGUUAAGUAAGACUUAAGAGCUGCUAAGUUUUACUUAGCCAAAAAUAUGUGUGUGAAGGCCCAAGUAAAAUCUCAAGUUAUUUUACUUUGCAUCUCAUUAAAGUCGGAAAGUUGAAACGAUUCAAGAAAGUUUCAAGUGACUUAAAAACCAUCCUUAAAACGACUUAGCAAAGUUGCGGUUUCUCGAGCUUUGAGAAAGGUGAAUCAUGUCAAUCAAUCUUAAUUACAUGUAUGAUGCAUGGGAAAAUAGCCUUAAAAAAAAGUUAACCUGAAGUAAAAAAGAAAUGGUUGUGUGUGUGAAGCUUCCUUUUACUUGAAGAAUUUUUAAUUUUACUUGUCUUGAAAUAUUUCUUAGCUUAUUUAGGCUCUAGUGUAAAGACUACCAAUGAUACAUAGUCUAGCGUUAAUUUAUCGCCAUUUUACUGCAAGUCUGAUCUUGUCAUUUUAUUAUAUGUUUGAGGUGUUAAGAUUUCUCUCGCUGUACCUACAGAACUCUCCAUGGGCCUUUUAAAUCACUGUUUCAUAGGAAUUGUGUAUUUCUAUAUCUUUUAUAGAUGCUUUGAGUCCGAGGACAAUAAAAAGUAAAGAUGGACAAGAAGGCCCGCAAAAGGAAACAGAAAAGUAAUUAUAAUUAUGCCUAACUAAUUAACUAAUGUAACUAACUGACUGACUGACUGGAUGACUAACUAACCAAGUAAAACCUCAUGGAAUAUACAGUUACUGGUAAAACUUAGUUGUUAGCAUUGUGACUCAAAAAUUAUGACAAAAUUGUUACAUGUAGUUGUUGGCAGAUUGAAAAUAAAGUUGGUUUCAGACAUGAUCUGUUAGACCCUGUUUAUGUCUCGCUCCUAGUAAACUUCCUCCAACAGCAGAGUACUAAAGUGAUGAUGUCAUAAAAUUAAAUUUCUGAAUUGUGGGAUUCGUCAAGAUAUUCUGAAAGAACAACGUCCAAGAGGCCAAAAAUGAGCAUUUCGGGCCAAAUUGUCUCUGAGAUAUUAGCCCAGUUAUGCACUGAUAACUCCAUACAAAACCCUCUAAAUUUUUUUGGGCCAACCCCCCAAAAAAGUUUCAAAGGGUUUGUAUGGAAUUGUAAACCAAAAAUAUCAUGACGAGGCAACACAACAAAGAAUAGUUUUGGAGAGAACUCUGCAUUAUUGAAUAACUAAACAUAGGAUAGCAUACUUGAAUGGUUUAGGCUAUGUUCGCACUAUACAGUAUAGCUUUUUGUAUCUUGACUAUAAACACCUAUCCAAUAUAUGACUCUCUACUUUAGAGAUCAGUGCCUGGCAUCUGUGCCCCAUUACAGAAAUUGUGCCAAAAUCACUGUUUUUAAAGGUGAACAGUAGCCCUAUAAAGUAUGGUUUUGGUGCCAGGGCAAAAACUAUCUGAUAGAGUCUGAACAUAGUCUUAUUUGUUGUAAAACAAUAAAUUAAUAAAUUUGAUUUAUACAGCCCCACAGUCCCCUUUAGAAAUGACAGUAGUUAAACUGUGUUCAGUGUGACAAUGGGUUUGUUGGUAUUAAUCUCAAAACAAUCAAUAACAAAACAGAUUAUUAGAUUCAGUUUUUGUGAUAUCUGGAGUAAUCAAGGUCUUGGUAUUAAGGUGUUUUGCCUCAGCAGAUAACACUUAUCUUGAACUGUAAAUGUAAAGAAAAAAACUUCAUCCAAUAAUUGUUUACAAUUGGUUACACAUCAACUGACUUACUAUGAUGUAAUCUGUUAGUCUCUGUUUAUCCUGCUACUUUCCAAGGUAAACAUAACACUGAUAAUUAGUGAAUCUUUUUUCUCUUAAAGAUGCACAUAUUGCUGAUAUGAGGAAAUCUCCUGAUGAGAAUGUUUAUGAACAGAGAAAGGUGAAGGAAGGUUACACAGCAGAGGAGAGUUAUGACAGCAUGAAGGACAUUCCUCUAAAAGACUCCAAUGUAAAUUAUGGUGCAGAUCAGGCAGGGCAUGGAGUGAAGGUGGUGUCACCAGGUGACGGCAAUGCUAUGAACAAGUGGGCUGAUAUACUAAAGGUAUUUGCUAACUUUUUGCAGCCCUGUAAUAAAAGUCUUGUCAUAAAUUUGUUUAGCAUGGGAACAAGGUCGUAGGUGAAGCAAAUCAAUAAUUUAAGUUUUUGUUCAGAUUAGUGCACCAUGACUAAUGCUCUUAUGAUGCAGUAUGUGUGAAUAAAUUUAUCAUUCACCAGUUGUCAUAUUUUACCUGUCCUUUCACCUUAUAUCAGCUUGUAUUUUGAGCGUUUGGCAGUCGUUACUGAGGGUCUGUAUUCUGAAUCUGAAAUAAUUUUUGACCCUCGUUAAGUGCAAGAUAAUACUUAACUCAACCAACACAUUUACUGAGGAUGCUGUUUCUGAAAACUUAACAUCGUUCGUUUCAUCACAUACUGGCACAUUGAAACUUUUAUUGGUAGAAGGCUGUCGAGGCUGACGUAGAAAUAUUGCGUGAUGAAUGAAUUUUUCUCGUUUCUUUUUUUACCAGCAAGCAGCAGAGCAAAGUCGCAAGGAAGGCAAUGUAGGAGGUAGUAAAGAAUUGGCAGGAGAGACUGAACUAGGGAAAAGCAGAUUAGAUGACUAUCGUAAACAGGAGACUGUUGCUGCUGGAGAUAAUGACCAGAGACACCUUGGUGAGGAAGAGGUUAAAGAUAAACAGGAUGGUGAGCCUGUGGUAAACCAAUACAGUGAUGCAGAUAGAAUGCAGGCUGGCAAACCUGUGGUAAAGGGAGGACAAAGUGAUGGGCGUAGCAUACAGACAGACCACGUGGCUGAUCGACCUGGAGAACAGGGAGACCAACAGAAGAAUGAUCAUGUGGUGCAGGCAGGUCAUGUAGCUGAUAGACCAGGUGAACAGGAAGACCAAGAAGGAGAAGAAGAACAGGAGAAGGAGGGAGAGGAGGAGGAUCGUAAAGAAGAUGGAGCUGCUGAUAUAUCACGUGACAGUAUCAACAGUCAAGUUGCUGAAAUGAGAGAAAACCACCAACAGCAGCAAGAGAAACAACGGGGACAACUUGAAGCAGCCCAGAUACAGCAACAUGUGGCUCCCAUACAAGCUGUACUGAGACAAGCGGAAGAACAGAGAACACAGCGGGCAGAUUUAGCCCAGAUACAGCAACAUGUGGCUCCCAUACAAGCUGUACAGAGACAACAGGAGGAACACAAGGCACAACAGGCAGAUGGUAGGCUUCUUACAUUUUCAUAGAUUAGUUGUUUCAGUAUUUAUUUCUAGGAUUACUCCAUGUCUCUUUCGUUAGAGCUGUGAUCACGGCCAGAGUUUGAAGGAGUGAAUUACAGUGCAAUAUUCACAGUAUCCUAUUUCCGGUGCAAUUGUCAAGAAGGGAGGCCGUUAACUUGAUUUUAGAUUUUUCUCGCCUUAUGAAAUGUAGAUACCGUCUUUUUAUUUCGACAUUGAUGAAAGAAAAAACUGCCAACAGUUUACAACUGAUGUUCAUGCUUUUUAAGUAUUAUUCAGUCCAUCGUCAGUGAUGAGUACAGUACAUCUUUUAGCCACGCUUCGGUCAGUUUCAGUUUGGCAAAAAUUUUUAUGUUGUUAAAAAAGGUGGAAAUGUGUCUCUGAAGAGAUGCAAAUAAUUUUAUUGUUUCUUGUCAUUCAUAUGUUCAUGAAUGCGUUUGGAUUUAAAAUUUAUUUGAUGUUUUUUGCUUUCCGCAGCUGAUGAUGAGGAUGCAGGAGAUGAUCAAAAUGACCAAGAAGCUGAUCCGGAUGAGAAAGAUCCAGAUGACGCUGGCGAAGAAGAAGAAGAAGAAGAAGAAGAUCAAAACUCACGGCAGCAUCAGGUUCACUAUGGUGACAGGACACUCAAGGGUGCAAAUAAGCCAUAG